AUGAGGGGCCCCCCGGGGCCCCCAGGGGCCCCCGAGUUUGUCUACAACGUGGUGCUAAUAGGGUCUGGCCAAGAAGCUGAGCUUGAGCACUUGAUGCCGAUUCUUUGGGGGGACACUCCAGAGACCGUGGAGGGCCGGGGGGCCCCCCAGGGGGGCCCCCAGGGGGGGGGCCCCCAGGGGGGCCCCCAGGGGGCCCCCGACGGGGGCCCCCUGGCCGGGGGGGACCCUGGGGGGCCCCCUUCCUUCUCGCUGCAGCUAAACCCUCCCCAGCUGGGGAGGCCCCCCUGCAGCGGCAGCCCUUGCUGCAGCUUCUGUGGGCCCCGGAAGCCCUGCGGGUCUUCGAAGUGCAUUUACCUGGCCAGUCAGCAGCAGCAGCAGCAGCAGCAGCAGCAGCAGCAGCGGCAGCAGCAGCAGCUUGCUGCGGAGCGCGACCUGGACCGGUUCCUGCUGCAGGCCAGCGGGGGGCCCGCUGCAGACCUAGACCUCGACUACUUUUUCACUUUUCAUGACAAACUUGGAAAAGGUAAUUUCGGAGAAGUCUGGAGGGUUUCUUUGAAGCCCCGCGCGCUGCGGGCCCCGGGCCACCCCCCCCGCAGCUGCUGCAGCAGCAGCAGCAGCAGCAGCAGCAGCAGCAGCAGCAGCAGCAGCCGCAUGGGCGCUGCGAGAGGCAGCAAAAAGGAACAAGACGCGGAGGAGGAAAGGGGGGAGCAGCACGCUCCGCAGUACGCCCUCAAGCUCGUGCCCAGGAAAGAUGAGAAUGUGCCGGAGGCGGAGAUAAUGCGCAGCUACACCCACCCCCGAAUAGUCCCCUUUUUGGGGGUUUUCGGAGGUUUUCAAAUGCUGGAAGACAGAACAAAAAGAAGAACCAAACACAGCAGCCUUUGCUUCCUCAUGCACGUCGCCGACGAGUCCCUCGGUGAGACAGCUAGCUAG